AUGAACGAGCAGCGCAUGAAGAAGAACGAAUUCAAGGCAAGGGCCCAGUCAGGGCGGCUGUUCCUUGGUGUGGAGCGACCUCAACUAGAGAGAAGCUUUUGCCUCAUCAACCAUCAUGUUGAGAAGCUGGAGCUUGGGAGUGAGAGACCCCUUCUCUCCAACAACACUCCUUGGCUGUGCUGCAGAGUUCAUCGGGACGUUCCUGUUCGAAUCGUGGAUGACCAGCUUAACUCUGCCAGGCUUCUCGUUAUAGCCAUCGCGCAUGGCUUCGCGAUCGCUAUCCUCGUAGCCGCAACCGCUGGAGUUUCUGGAGGCCACCUUAACCCGGCUGUCUCGUUCGGCUUCAUGAUGAGCGGCAACAUGAGCAUCAUCAAAGGUCUCAUGUAUUGGAUCUCUCAGCUGGCAGGAGCAGUGCUCGGUGCUGGAUUCUACCGCGAGUUUCCAUCUGCCAUCGCCGGACACUUUGGAGCUCAUGCUGUUAAUUCCAAGUUCACAGUCAUCGAAGCCUUCGGACUGGAAGCGCUGCUCACCUUCGUGCUGGUAUACGUUAUCUUUGGAACCGCGGUGGACAAAAAAGGCCCCUCGACUAUAGCGCCCCUCACAAUUGGCAUGGCGGUACUUGUUGACCACCUCGUUGGGGUGCCCGUCACUGGAGCAUCGAUGAACCCGGCAAGAUCACUUGGAGCAGCACUGUGGUCGGGGCAGUGGAAGAACCACUGGAUUUACUGGGCCGCGCCGCUGCUGGGAGCGACGGCAGCCGCUCUCAUCUACACUGCCCUCUUCCUGCCAACAGUCUCGUCCACACAGAAGCAAUCAACCAACGAUCUCAUCAAGAACAUCAAGAACGAGAAACACACAGAAGCGGUGGUUUAG